AUGCCCGAAAACACUAGUUUUGAAAACUUGGAUAAUCCGUGUGAGGAUAUUCUACGCUUCGGAAAGUUAAUCGAGGGCUUACCUCUUAAAACUCAACUAAGACUUAAUUCGAUUGGGUUGCUAGACAAUGUGUCGACGCAGCUUUUAAAGUUACUGGCUACCAACUCAGUUGAGAACUUGAUAAACUUGACAACAAUUUCACCCGAUACUUUAGAGAAAGACGCGUUCAAUACCCUAUUCGUUCUUUUUAAGCAAGUCAAACUAAUUUACACGAGCUCUCCUUUACUGCAUGUCGAUGAUAUCGCACCAGGUCUGUGGCUACCUGGAGAACAUAGCCCCUACAUUUUGAGAGGUCAUGAAACUUACAUACAUUGUGUCAUGCGCAAAAGCAAUUUGAUAACCUUUCUUCUUUCCUUAUUGGGUUUAUUUCAAUACGGAUUCUCUUUCCUUGAUGAUUCAUUCAUGGAAGUAUUCUGUCCAGUUGCAAAUGAAUCGCUAUUAGAACCUGAUAAAACGCCUGGAAUUCAAUGUGGGAAACUGCUGAAGGCACAAGCAGUACUUUAUCUCGAUUUGAAAACGCAAGCAUUUAUAUCGGCCAUGGAAUCGUUAGGUGAAGGGUAUACGGGCAUUCCCUCCUCUAAACAAGAUAUAUUAGACAGAAUAUUUCCGAAAAAUAUGAAAGCCUUCCUGUGCUCCAAGAAAGGGUUACAGAUCGCGCAGUUGACACCUAGCGAAGAAGACUUUGUAACAAGAUGCGCACAUCGGAGAGAAAAGCUUCUCAAUCAAGAUAAUUUGACGCAGUUGAUGGAGGAAUACGAUUGGAUAGAGUUCUUUAAAGAAUUAUUUGAAUAUACGCGUAAAAAUUUGGGUUUUUUAAUCUGGGUUAAGAAAGAUAAAGGAAUGGCUUCUUUGUACAGCGACAUUUCGAAUGGUGAAAGUGUUCGCGGCACUGUGAGAAAUUUGAGUGAAAAAGACAGCUCAUCUAAUUUAGCGUCAACCACGAGCUUAACAGACGAGAAAGCUUCUACUCCAGCCAAAAAUAAACGAAAGCAGCAGAAUGGGAGUGAACGCACUGAUGUCGUACCCAAGAAGCCGAAACAAAAAAGACUGUGGACUAAGGAAGAGGAAGAAAUGUUAAUAACAGCUUUAAAAGAAUACGGGCCUUCGUGGUCAAAAAUUCUCGAACGUCACGGAGCCGGAGGGAGCAUCUCAGAAAUUCUUAAGAAUAGAUCACAAGUGCAACUGAAGGACAAGGCACGUAAUUGGAAAAUGUACUUUCUCAAAAGUGGCUUACCUGUGCCAGAUUACCUGAAUAAGGUUACAGGUGAUCUAGAAAGAGACGAAAAAUCUAAACAACGUUCGAGAGCCAAGAAGAAAAACGCAAUGAAGCCUACGGUAGUCCAAAAGCCAGACAUAACUGCUACUGCAACAUAUCUACCUACCACAGAAGACACUACAUUGCGUGUACAAACUACGACAGCUACCAAUGGAUCCGGUGUCGAUCCUCAAUUGCAUUCGAAUUAA